AUGAACUUGCUUAAUGUGAAGUCCUCCCUCUUAGUACUUGUCCUAUCUUUGGCGGUGCUACAGGAAACAUCUGCAAAGUUGACGGUCGAAAUCUUCAAUAAGCUGCCUAAUGGUAUGCCCUUAACCAUUCAUUGCAAAUCAAAGGACGAUGAUCUCGGGACUCACGUGCUCGCGGUGGGCCAGAGUUUCUCGUUUAAGUUCAGGGUUAACAUCUUUGGCAGCACGCUAUUCUUUUGUGGGGCAUCGUGGCAGGGUGGGCAGCUCGUGUUCGACAUUUACGAUGCUGACCGGGACAACAAUGUCAGGUGCAACGAGCGCUGCGAGUGGGAGGCGACAAAGGAUGGUAUCGAGGGAUUCAUGGAAGAUGAUCCAGACCCUGACCUUCAUUUUCCUUGGAACCAUUAA